UCAUUCAGCCCCAUGUGCUGUUCCCCUUCUCUUCUUCAAUCCCCAUACCUCUCUCUCUUCCUCUUCCGCCCUCAAAAUCCACGUUCCCUGUCCUCAUCAUCAACCCUUCCCCUCACUUUCUGUGUUCUUCGAAAGCAAAAGCUGAUAAUCUCUCAGACCAACCCAUCCCCCCUCCAAAAGAAAUAUGCGAAAAACAAAACAACCUCAUAUCAUAGACCACACAUAGAACACAAAGGAAUCAAAAUCAGUUCUUCUACUUUUCUUCUUUAUCAGAGAAUCCCACCCAAGUACCAACAUCCAAAAGAAGGGAAAAAAAAAAAGACCCCAACACAGAGAAAUAAUCUCUGAUCCAAUGUGGGUUUCCCUUUGAACGGUCAAAUCUCUCCUCCCCAGAUUUCUUGAGGGUGAAAGUUUGUGAAAGUUUAAAUCUUUCUCUUUUUUUUUUCCCCUAGAGAGGGAGAGAGGGGGUUGUGUUAAAAAGUUGGUUCUUAUGUAGGGUAAGCAGCUAUUCUUGUUCUUUCUAUUUGGUUGGUUUGAGGGAGAAAUGUUGGCAAUGGAGAAAGAAUUUGAUUCGAAGCUGAAGAUUCAGGGGAAUAAUUCCAAUAAUUCGUCCAAUGGAGGGAAUGUUCAGAGAUCUAAGAGCUUUGCGUUCCGGGCUCCUCAGGAGAGCUUCACGAUUCAGGACUUUGAGUUGGGGAAGAUCUAUGGCGUUGGCUCUUAUUCAAAGGUUGUGAGGGCAAAAAAGAAGGACACAGGAAUGGUGUAUGCAUUGAAGAUUAUGGACAAGAAAUUCAUCACCAAAGAGAAUAAAACAGCUUACGUGAAGCUGGAGAGGAUUGUUCUUGAUCAGUUGGACCAUCCGGGCAUUGUGCGGCUAUAUUUCACAUUCCAGGACACCUUUUCACUAUAUAUGGCACUUGAAUCAUGUGAAGGUGGAGAACUUUUUGAUCAGAUUACCAGGAAAGGUCGCUUAUCAGAAGAUGAAGCUCGCUUUUAUGCAGCUGAAGUUGUUGAUGCUCUAGAAUACAUACAUAAUCUCGGAUUGAUACAUCGGGACAUUAAGCCAGAGAACUUGCUCCUUACCAACGAAGGUCAUAUUAAAAUUGCUGAUUUUGGGAGUGUGAAGCCUAUGCAAGAUAGCAGUAUAACUGUCCUUCCAAAUGCUGCAUCAGAUGAUAAGGCCUGUACCUUUGUGGGCACAGCAGCAUAUGUUCCUCCAGAGGUCCUCAACUCCUCUCCAGCCACUUUUGGAAAUGAUCUCUGGGCGCUGGGCUGCACAUUGUAUCAAAUGCUUUCAGGAACUUCUCCUUUUAAAGAUGCAAGUGAAUGGCUUACGUUCCAAAGAAUUUUAGCAAGAGAUAUACGGUUUCCAGAGCAUUUUUCCGAUAAAGCUAAGGACCUCAUUGACAGGUUGUUGGACAUUGAACCUACCCGAAGGCCAGGCGCUGGACCUGAUGGUUACGACGCGCUAAAAAUGCACCCGUUCUUUACAGGAACUGACUGGCAAAAUUUAAGAAAGCAAAUACCACCAAAACUAGCUUUGGAGCAAGUGGUUCAUUCAGGGGAUGCUGAUGAUUCUCAGGAAUCUUCAUGGAACCCUUCUCAUGUGGGGGAUGGUGCAUUGAGGCAAGUUGAAGGAAAUAGCGGUCCUGCAUCAUCUUCCGAAUCAUCUGCUCAUAUAACUAGGCUCGCUUCCAUCGACUCCUUUGAUUCCAAAUGGCAACAAUUCCUAGAUCCCGGGGAAUCUGUCCUGAUGAUCUCGACGGUGAAGAAAAUAAGGAAGCUAACAAACAAGAAGGUUCAGCUUAUCCUUACUAACAAGCCCAAAUUAAUAUACGUGGACCCGUCAAAACUAGUUGUAAAAGGAAAUAUUAUCUGGUCCAACAAUCCUAACGACCUCAAUAUCCAAGUCGCAAGUCCUUCAAGCUUCAAAAUCUGCACGCCAAAGAAGGUAAUGUCAUUUGAGGAUGCAAAACAGAGAGCAUGGCAAUGGAAAAAGGCGAUCGAGGGUCUUCAAAGUCGGUGAGACUGCUUUGCUUUCGGACAUUUCGAUACUGUAGAGGCGCGAAGGGGGAUACAUAAAGCAAUCCGCCCCCAAGCAAUUUUUUACACGACGGACAAGCGAAAUUCGAAGUUCGAGAUUCGGAAUUUAGGUGCUCAGUGUAUCCCCCUUAAAGUCUCCAUCCCAAAUCUGCUGGUGACUGAUGCAAAUGGCAGCAAACAAUUUUCUUUCUUUUUCUCUCUCUCUCUUUUUUCUUCUUUUUUUUCCCCUCUUUUUUCUUUUUCCCCUUCUUUUUUUAAAUUAUUUGAUGUAAUUCCAAGCUUGUUUGUAAAAUGGAAAAUGGUUGUAGGGAUUCUAAGGGGGGUGUUCUCUUUAUUAUUUUUGUUGUAACUUGUAAUAACACUCAUCAUCAAUUUAUUGGAAAAAAAAAAAAGAAC